UGAGCGCAGAGCCAUCACUUUUCGAAGUUCCGUCUUGGCAAUUGCUACACGGCACUCUACGAAAACUUGAAGAAAUCAUGCCCCCGAAAGCGAGUGGCAAAGCGGUGAAGAAGGCCGGUAAGGCCCAGAAGAAUAUCAGCAAGACCGACAAGAAGAAGAAAAGGAAGAGGAAGGAGAGCUACGCUAUCUACAUUUACAAAGUAUUGAAGCAAGUACAUCCGGACACUGGAAUCUCCAGCAAAGCGAUGAGCAUCAUGAACAGCUUUGUCAACGAUGUCUUCGAGCGCAUCGCCGCCGAGGCAUCUCGUUUGGCUCAUUACAACAAACGCUCGACUAUCACGUCCCGGGAGAUUCAGACUGCUGUCAGGCUUCUACUUCCUGGAGAACUUGCCAAGCACGCCGUGAGUGAAGGCACCAAGGCCGUCACCAAAUACACCAGCUCAAAGUGAAUCUCCAUUCCUCUCAAGAUCAACGGCCCUUAUCAGGGCCAC